AUGGAUUACUACUAUCAGGCUAAUCCUGCGGCUGAUGCGGCUUCAGUUGCCGGCGCCCCAAAGAAGAAGAAGCAUGCAGCCAGCAAGCCACAGAAAGCUCUCGAUGAGUACUGGGACAAAUUCAUCACCAAAACUCCAGGGAAGGUCACUCGCAUCUUCCCGCCUAGCCUCUAUGCCAGCCUACUGCCGCAUACCCCGCCGAAAGCCCUGUCCGGAGAUGUCAGCGCAACUGCAAGCUACGAAGCCGCCAAGGAAGCUUGCAAGCGCAAGGUUCAACGCAUCGUACGAGAGUGCAAGCGCACAAACGAAAAAUGGUCGGAUCCCGACUUCGACAUCGAGUCGGACUUCGACACAGACACAGGCAACUGCCUCCACGGCCUCGUGGAAGAAGAGGACAACUCUUCCCACAACAUUGACACCGACGACCUGAAGAGCGCCCUCAACACACUAACCUCAGUCCCGGGCCUGCUGAACGGCGUGCAAGAGGUCUCGGUGCCGGGCCUCCUCGGCGUGCUCCAGAACGACCCCAAGAGCAGCAUGCCGGUGGCCGCGUCGGUGCACCGCAUCGGCUGGAUCUACGACAAGCCGGCCUUCACCAUCAACGGCUUCGGCGUGUCGGACGUGCAGCAGGGCGGCACGGGCGACUGCUGGUGGGUCGCCGCCGUCGCGACGCUGUGCAGCAUGCCGGGCCAGAUGGAGCGCAUCUGCGUCGCGCGCGACGAGAAGUGCGGCGUCUACGGCUUCGUGUUUCACCGCGACGGCGAGUGGGUGCCUGUUGUUGUGGAUGACAACUUGUACCUCGCCAGGGGCGAUUACGAUUCUGUUGGCGGCGCAGGCGUCUACGAUCCUACGGGGAAGGAAGCUCGCCAGUGGAAGGAGCGCGAGCAGACUGGAUCGGAGGCCCUGGCGUUUGCGAAGUGCGCGGACCCGAAUGAGACGUGGCUGCCGCUGUUGGAGAAGGCGUAUGCGAAGAUCCAUGGCGAUUAUGAUGCCAUUGCCGGAGGCUUCCCUGGAGAGGGCGUCGAGGAUAUGACUGGCGGCGUCACUACGACGAUAGACACCAACAAGAUCUUGGACAAGGACGUGUUGUGGGAGGAACUCCUAAAUGUCAACAAGGACUUCAUCUUUGCUAUCGGCACUCCCGGCUCUGCGGGCGGCGAUUCCGACACGAGGAGUGGCCUUGCUUACCAGCAUGCCUAUUCUGUGCUCAAAGCUGUCGAGGAAGAGGACCAAAAUGGGAAGAAGUUCAGACUUGUUCGUAUCAGAAACCCUUGGGGCAGGAGGAACUGGAUGGGAGAAGGAGAAUGGAACGGCCCUUGGAGUGACGGCUCAAAGGAGUGGAAUGGGUACUGGCUGAACAAGCUCGACCAUCAGUUUGGAGAUGACGGCAUCUUCUGGAUGUCUUUCGACGACAUGCUGAACCGCUUCAACUCGCUUGACCGCACACGCCUUUUCUGCGACGGUUGGUCAGUGGCCCAGCAGUGGACAAGUAUUAACGUCUCGUGGAUGAGCGGCUACAUCAACGCAAAAUUCGUGGUCGAGAUCAAAGAAGGCGGUCUGUUCGUCUUCGUUCUCUCUAAGCUCGAUGAUCGCUACUUUAAAGGCCUCGAGGGACAGUACGAUUUCGAGCUUCAUUUCAUCCUCCAAGAAGCAGGCUCCGAAAUCGGAGACCAUAUCGCACGCGUUAGGCCUUCUAGCGCCGGCAGCUGGCAGCGGGCCGUCAGUGCGGAAGUUGAGCUCGAACCAGGCACAUACGAGGUCAUCCCCAAGAUUCUUGCUACAAAAGACGACGAGAAAGACCUUGUCGAAGAUGUUGUCAAGAAGCUGGCAAAGGAAAAGCCACAGAAGCUAAGGCAGAUCGGCUUGAACUACGAUUUCGCUCACUUGAAGGCUGUGCCUCCGCCCGCCCCGCCAAAGGAGCCUACUGGAGGCAAAUCAAGUUCGGAAGGAUCAUCGGUAGUCGUUGUCAAUAAAGAGGCAGAGAAAGGCUCGGGGGAUGAAGCUAAGAAGGAACAAUCAACAAAGCCGGCCGAAGAGGAGGCCAAGCCAGAAACCAAGGCCACCGAAGAGAAGACCGAGCCAGAGACAAAAGCAACCGAAGAGAAGACUGAGCCAGCGAAAAAGGCAACCAAAGAGACUGAGCCAGCAAACAAGGACACUGAGACAGCUCAGGGCGGCGAAGAGAAAGCUCCAGAGAUCAAAGAAGAAGCUCCAUCGGCUCCAAAGGCGGGCGAGAGUACAACAGAGCCCGCUAAAGCGGUUGAGGAGAAGAAGGAUGGACCAGGAGAAACGAAGGUACCAGAGCCAGAGCCAGAGCCAGCGUCUGCGCCCCCACCUCCGCCUGAGGAUCCAGAAGACUCCGAUGAUGAAGGGAGCGAUCCUUGGAAUGCAGUCUGCGUGAUUGGUCUGCGGGUAUACUCAAGAGACUGCGCGACCACAAUCAGGCUGGAGACUCCCAAAACUGUCGAGGAAGGAGCGGUGCUGGAUGUGGACGGAGAAGCGACAGGAAGCACAAUGUAG